AUGACUUCUUUACCCUCCCUCCCUGUGAAGCACAGUGACUUCGUGAAGUAUGUCAACUCCAACUCGGAGAAGCCCAUGGCCAACUUGGUUCAGCCAUACAACGAGUAUGAUGCUGUUUUGCGGAAGAAAUUUGCUCAAGAGCCAUCUCAUCCAUCAAUUCAAGAUAACUACGUCAACAUUGUUCCGCUGUACGACCAGGCCGGUUCCACAGAUCUUUCCAUUCGAGCUAGAGACCUUGCUACGGAAACGCCAGAGCAAACAGAGAAGUAUCUUUUGCCACUGGGUGCAAAAGACCGGAAACCACAUGGAUCUGCGGCAGUUGUAUCCUCUUUGAAUGAGUUCCAGAACAACUUCACCCUAUUCACAGAGGGCUCAUUGAGUGAAAUUGACUGGUCCAACGUGGUCGCUGCAGGUAGCGCUGUCGUGACUUCACUUUUGCCUGUCCCGGCAAAAUACCGCAACUCAAAGCGUGGUCUUCGUAAGUACUACCAUGAAGAGUUUGCGCCGGCAUCAGACGUGGAUCUCUUCUUGUAUGGCCUGAACGAGGAGCAAGCCCUUGAGAAGAUCAUGCAUAUCGAGGAUAAGAUCAAGAACACUAUCCUGUAUGAAACCACGACCAUCCGGACCAAGAAUACGAUUACCAUUGCUUCGCAGUAUCCGAACCGUCAUGUGCAAAUCGUGCUUCGCAUCUACCGCUCAGUUGCCGAGAUUCUCACCGGCUUUGACGUGGAUGUUUCGUGCGCGGCUUAUGAUGGUCACCAAGUCUAUACCUCUCCACGCGCAAUCGCUGCAUACAUCACGCAGGCGAACCAGAUUGAUCUGACGAGACGAUCACCAUCAUAUGAAAAUCGUCUCUCUAAGUAUUCGCACAGAGGAUUCGAGGUCUUCUGGCCUGGUCUUGACAGAUCGAAGAUUGACCCAACUAUCUUUGAGAGAAGCUUCACCAGAACUGAAGGACUUGCACGACUUCUGGUAUUGGAAAAGCUCCCUCGGUCUCAAGACCGGGACAACUAUCUCCAAAAGAGGCGCGAAGAACGAGGUCGUCCUCCUCUGAAUGUGUACCUACAACGUCGCCAUGGUAAAAUGCUGCAUGGUAAUAUCAAGGAUGACUGGGAAGAUGAGGUGCCUGAAUGGCAAGAGCAAGACCAAGUGUCUGAUUAUCAUACUUUUACAAUUCCUUAUGGUCGGAGGUUCAACGCCAGAAGUAUUGAGAAGCUACUUUACACCAAGGACCUGUUGCUGAACGCUCAGUGGAAUCAACCCAAAGACCGUGCAGUUUAUCUUCAUCGUCAUCCAGCAUUCUUUGGCGAAGCAGAACAUGUUAUUGGCGACUGCUGUGGCUUCUGCCCCAAGGCUGUUACCGAGGAGGAAAUCAAGGUCGCCGACGAGGAGGCCAAGAUUUAUAUCUCUGGUCAAAUCCAUUUCAUCAAAGAUGAUCCUGGUCGCCAGGAAAUUGGAAGUUUCAACCCCAUCACUGAGACUGAUUGGACCGAAAUGGCCUAUGUCGGCCGCACCGAGAGACUUUGCCAGGCAAUUGUGGCAAACGAUGUUGACUCCGUUAAAGCUUUCCUUGCAGAUGAGGGUACCAACCCAGACCGUCGUGACUACACUGGACGGACACCACUUCAACUCGCGUGCAUGUGCUCGACCCCUGAAGUCGUCAAAUGCCUUGUUGACGGUGGUGCUCGCAUGAUUCCCCGUAUGGCUGAUGGAAAGACUGCGCUCCAUCUUGCUGCCGCCCGGGGACAUGUCGACAUCAUUCGAAUUCUACUCACAAAAAGCAAUGAGAAUGAAGAAGAAGAAGCCAAUAAGCAGGACGCUUUGAAAAAUAAAGACAAGUCAGAGACCAAGCCGAGCGCAGAAAACGAGGAUAUCGAAAUGGUUGACCAAGAUGAUGCCAUGUCUCACACCUCAGCCUCUUACGUGAAGGUCGAAAGCGAGGAGGAGGAGAAUUUGACCACUCACGACACGCUUGAGGAGAACGAACUCGAGCCGGAUGUCUACGACAUCAAUAUCGUUGCAUGGGAUAGCCGGGCUGCUCCUUUGCAUCUCGCCAUUCUCCAUGGUCAUACUGAGGCCGUGAAAGAACUUGUCACAUCCUUUGGGGCCGAUGUGUUGAUGCCGAUCAAAAUUAUGAACGAGAACUACAGAACGCCAGAGGCUGCAAUUCUCAACCUGGUUCUCGUCCAUGCCCUCCCAUUCGAGAAAGCAAAGGAGAUGUCGCAGACCCUUCUCGAUCUCGGCGCUUCGCCAGCCCAAGCAGACCUCAAGCAGAAGACACCGCUAUACUACCUUGCUCAUUCCAAAAAGUUUGACAUCCUUGAUAUCUACAUGCAGCAUGAUGAGCCGGCAGUAAAGCGGGCAAUCAAUCAUUUGGCAGUUCAUGGCUCGUUUUGGACACCAGAAUUAUCCUCGGCAUUGAUGGCCGCGCUCACUGCGAAGAGCGCACCCGCGGCGGCCAAGCUGUUAGAGGCAGGUGCUCACCCAGAAAUUGACCUCGGUGAGAUUGUGAAAGCCAUUACGGCAUCCAGAGACGGCAAGUCUUACUACGGCGACAUCGAAGAAGAAGCAAAGGCCAGCGUAAAGCAGCCAAUCUUGCUGGCUGUUGAGAACGACCUUCCUUUGGUCGCCAUUGAUCUGCUUCAUCGCGGGGCAAACCCUAACGCCGAAAUUAAGGAAAGAUAUCAAGACAGGAGUCAAACUGUAUUGGACGUCUUGCGCCAAACUUUGAAAACACUCCGCGAAUUUAUGGUCGAGCGUGAGUACGAAGGCUAUAAUGACCCCAUUGCAACACCUCUCGAUCCAAAUGACCAGACAUAUCUGUCGGAACUCCAAUCUGGUAGUUACAAAAUGUUCACUGCGAAGGAUUUGCUCCGCAAUGUACGCAAGGCAAACCGAAAAGCCGAAGAACAAGCCAAGAAGGAUGAAGCCCAGCCGGAUGAUCCUCCUGGCUUGGCCGAGAAGAAGGCAUUCAUUGCGGGGUUGAUUCGCGACUACGAGAAGCUGGAGUUCAUUCUGCUGCAGAAAGAUGCAAAGACCUGGGAUGAGCUUUAUCCUCCGCUGGUCGCUCCCGUGACGUUUCCAGCCUACGUCUCGACAGAGAAGAUGGAGCCCGGCAUCACUAAGCCUUGGGAAGUCCGCUUCAACUUCAAUGUACCAGCUAUUACUGAGAAUGCUCGCGACGGAUACCUAAAGCUUUUCGAAGCAGCCUGGAUUGGCGACAUUGAUACCAUCAAAACCUUGACACUCGGCAUGUGGGGAUCUCUCAAUGAACAAGCACCACUUGAGAUUGCCGUAACCGACAAGCAAGGCCUGUCCGCCCUUACAAUUUCCAUUAUGCGUGGCCAUUUCGCCGUUGCUAAGGCCAUUCUUCAAAUUCUCCACGUGCAGUACAAGGUGAAGGAGCCUCGCGGUCGGAAGCGCUUUGAGAUCGACAUCGAUGAACGCUCUGAGGACUGUGAUGAGUCUGAUGAAGAGAACGACGAUCUGAACAUCGUCAGUGAUAUUGUUGAUGAUACCUUCACUCACGAAAACAUUGGUGAAAUUACCAGUCAGGUCGAGAGCAACACUUCCCCUCUUGAUGCUUUCGAGGCACGGUUCAAUGCCUUCGUGUUUUUGGACGAAUAUCACCAGGAUGGUUGGGAAAAGAGAGACAACCCUGUCAACGUCAAUGGCCUAGUUAAAUACGCUGUUUACACAAACAACAUUCCUCUUCUGGAGUUCCUUCUGAAGACUGGACUAGACCUCGCUUCCACCAACCCAUCUGGAAAGGGUGAGUUCUUGGUAAAGUUCGAUGAGUUCCAGCUUGCAAUUUCGCUUGGCCGUACCGACUGUCUUGCCAAAAUGAUUCAAAGUACUGGGGCUGGCCUUCCACUUACCAAAUUGAGUGAUGAUUGUGGGGUUGAGGAAAAGAAAGAACCUCAGUACUACCCUGGGUUGUCGAUUCGCGGCAGCAAGCGUGCAGAUUGGGCUAAUGCUGGUCGAGAGCAACCGACCAGAGCUCAAACACAGCGUCCUCCUCUUCUUAUUGCCGCUCGUCGUGGUAAUCUGGCCAGCACAGAGUUCUUCCUUGGUACCGCGCCUGCUCGCUAUUACCUGGAGUACCUCAAUGCGAACAAGGAUGAUGAGAGAGUCAAGCGAUUGACCAAGUCCAAGCUGGGAGUUGAGGGAACACUAUUAACCUGGUUACAAGCGAAAAACAACCUCGUUCUGCACUACGCAAUCAUGUCCGAACCAAGUGACGAAUCUGUUCGUCUGGUUCAGUAUCUUGUGGACCAUCACCCUGAAUGCAUGGAGGUCCGAUCAACAGAAGGGCUGACACCUCUCGCCCUGGCCAUGUCCCUCCACAAGGUCCGCUUCGCCCGCAUCUUGGUCGAAGCCGGAGCCAACCAGGCUGUCCGCGAUAAAGAAGCACGCAAUCUCCUCCACCUGAUCCUCGUAUCAGACGGUGGUCGACUCUGCAAGAACUCCAACCGAUUUACCAAACUUCUAGCCCUGUUGGAUAAGCAACUCUUCCCAACAAUGCUCAUGGAGCGCGCCGGUAAUGGCUCAAGAACGCCCUUUGCACGCUGGCUUCACGCCCAACCCCACUUCACGCCAGGGGAUUUGGCCAUCCCACGACCUCCCAACAGUCCCCAGACUGAAGAUGAAAUCAUAACCUCCAUGGCGAAUCUCAUUCUGGAUCUAGCCAACUCUACGGACCAAAAGCACCUCGAGAUCUUUGACGAAGCUGGAAACACACCUGUGCAUGAUGCUGUCAAGAAUGGGUUCCCCCAAGUCCUUGGACAACUCCUCGAUCGUCGUCCCGACCUGCUCAACCGGGAGAAUGCUACUGGUACAACUCCUCUUGAAAUGGCAGUUGACGCAUGGGUUAACAAGAGUACCUCUGCGCCGCCUGAAAGUGCCCCGAGAUCGAGGUAUGGCCAUCCUGAGUGGGAAAAUGCCGUUGAGCGGUCUCCCGAAUUCUUCGUCCCCGGUUGCAGGGUCAAAUAUGAUCAGGAGAAGACUAUGCUUCGGGUUUGUCAGGAACAGGCUCAGCAGCGCCCUGCAAAGAGAAGACUUGUUAGUCUGUUCGAGGCGAAUGAGGUCGCCAAGAGAUUGGCGGCGGUGGGACGGAGAAGUGGUCGUGGCUGGAAUGGUGGCUCUGAGAGUGAUAAUGAGUCUUCAGGUUCUAAUGAUGAUCCUGAAGGGUGGGGAAGCAUGAAUUCUCGUUGGUAG